AUGAGCGGCCAACCUUCGGUGAUUCUAGCAACAGCAGCAUAUGAUCACAUGAUUAGGUUUUGGGAGGCAAAAAGUGGGCGCUGCUAUCGCACUCUCCAGUACCCGGAUUCUGUGAGUUCUUCUUUCUUAAAUUGUCAAUCCUUGCUCUGGCGUUUGUGCCAUUCCUCUGUUCGACAUUCUUUGACUGGGGAUGGCGUGUUCCGCUAAUCGGGCUCUAUCUCCAGUAUGCUCUACCACCAUCGGAAUAAUUCCUCCUAACAUGAUCAACCAAACCACACGUGCAGCAAGUUAACAGGCUCGAGAUAACCCCCGACAAGCAGUACUUAGCGGCCGCUGGGAAUCCUCACAUCAAGCUCUUUGAAGUCAACUCCAACAGAGCCGAACCGGUAAGCUUCCGCCGAAUGUGAGGUUCCCAUCCGUUUUCCCUCUUUCGUUCCCCAGAUCUGAACAAUUCCAUAUCCUCCUCUGCUGGAAGGUGAUAACCUAUGAAUCCCACGCCGGCAAUGUGAUGGCAGUGGGAUUCCAAUGCGACGGGAAUUGGAUGUACUCCGGUUCUGAAGAUGGCACCAUCAAGAUCUGGGACCUGAGGUACGACGGUCGCCUGCCUCUCUUGGACACUUCUCCUCCCAAAAUACGUGCCUUAGAGCAGCGCCAAAGGACGCUAACUUACCCAAAAUGUUUCUCAGAAACUGAUUUCCCCGAGACCAUUUUUCUGUACGUGAAUCAAGCUCCUAUCUUUCUUUCAUCACGGGUUCUCUCCUCUUUGGUCAUCCCCGGUAAACUCGACUGAUCCCGACCCCCCCCCCCCACCCUUAGGUGUCGACCCAAUUCCUACCAGGCGGCGAGCCUUCGUCAAUCCUGACAAGGACGUUGCGUUUUGUGAACAUCCGCUGCUUCCGGACGUCAUUUUCUGAGCUUUGCUGGCAAACAUUAUAGUAUCGAAAACCUUUUGUUUUUUCCCCUCCCUGGACAUGUUACCGAAUGAGAAAAAAACUUGGGGGCGCUCAGACGAGUGAUACCCUCACGAUGACGAAACGCGUGCGCGCUACUGUAUUUAAUUUGAAUCUCGUGUGGCUUUCAUUUUUCUGCUCCAUUUGGCUUCGCCCCAGGGCUCCGGGCUGUCAGAGAGAGUACGAAAGCCGUGCAGCGGUCAACACCGUCGUCUUACAUCCGAACCAGGUCAGCCUUUGGUUCCCGCCGGUUCCUCCUUUCUUGCGACGCCUGCGAGUCGUGGUGUUCGCUGUGGAGGCAAAAACCUGCCGCCUGGGCAGCGCCAGAUUUUCAUGGUGUGGCGUCUUUCGCAGACAGAGCUCAUAUCUGGCGAUCAGAACGGGAACAUACGGGUGUGGGACCUGACCGCCAAUUCGUGCAGCUGCGAGUUGGUCAGUGCCUCUAGCUCUCUCUCUCUCUCUCUCUCUCCCCCUCUCUCCAUUCUAUUUAAUGAAUGACUCGUCAGUCAUCUCCUUCUGUCUGAAUCGGUAGCUUCUGGGACACUGUAGCCGCGACAUUUCAUCCUUAUGGACGGACUUAAACGCAGGUGCCGGAGGUCGACACCGCCGUGAGAUCGCUCUCCGUCAUGUGGGACGGCAGCCUGGUGGUCGCCGCGAAUAAUCGCGGCACUUGCUACGUCUGGAGGCUGCGGCGAGGAGCCCAGGUAACGAGAAAAGUUUCACAUUUUGCGGCGUGGAUCUAGCGGACAUUGUUAGCGAUGGAAGCGUUUGUGACAGCCCGCUGUUCGCAGGCGAUGACCUACUUCGAGCCCCUCCACAAGCUGCAGGCGCACGACGGGUACAUCCUCAAAUGCCUGCUCUCGCCGGAGUUCUGCGACCCCCACAGGUCAAAACCAUCAAUUAUUCAGCGUUGACCUGCUUGAGGAACAGCACAGUUCCUCGCCCACAUCUCCCUCCCUCCCUCCCUCUCCUUCCUGUCUGUGGGAGUGCCCCAUUCCUCCCUUGCUCCCGCGCUCUGGCUGGACUUGAUGCUCCUCCCUCCGUGUUGUCCCCCCCAGGUACCUGGCCACGGCGUCCUCCGACCACACCGUCAAGAUAUGGAACGUCGACGGCUUCACCUUGGAGAGAACCCUCGUGGGUAAGUCCUCGGAUCCCUCAUCAAGCGAGAGAGAGAGAGAGAGAGAGAGGGCUGGUUCUUUAUCUAUGUGCUUCGCACUCAGGGCAUCAGCGCUGGGUGUGGGACUGCAUCUUCUCCGUCGACGGUGCCUAUCUGAUAACAGGUGCGAUGGCCGGGCUUUCACAUAUCAUCGGCAGCUCCUCACUCACUGUGUUAUAUGCGCAUCUUGAUUCCUGAAAAAACCAAAAAAAUAAAAUUCAGCAUCCUCGGACGCGACGGCGAGGCUGUGGAGCGUGUCGACCGGGGAGGCCAUUCGAGUGUACCAAGGCCAGAAGCCCACCGUCUGUUGCGCCCUCCACGACGGCGCCGAGGCUCCUUCCACCGCUUGA